CGGCAUGUGCUGCCGGUUCUGCGCACAGCUCGACGUCGACAGCAAGGAGUACGUGCAGCUCGUGCGGAUGACGAUGAUGCGGACCUCGUGGUUCCCCGAUCAGUUCCGUUGGACGGGCAUCCCCACAUACAAGUACUUCCUCGCGACGCAGCGCUACUGGUCCGACACGUCGCUCGUCGAGGUGACGCCGACGGGCAAGAAGAACUACUAUAAGGGGCCCGAGGCCAUCAUGGAGUACUACUCGCUGCAGAACGAGUACUUCAACCCGCCGUCGUACCGUGUCUCCGUCUCGACGUACAACCUGACGAAGCACCACUUUCCCAAGUGGGACGCCGCCCUCGACGACGGCAAGCGCAUACACUCUUGGAACUUCGACCCGGCUCAGACACUCGGCGUGAACCUCGUGGGUGCCGACCCGCCCUACGACUUCUCCCAGUUUGUGUGGGAGGACACGACCUCCAUCUACCCCCUCAAGGGCGCGUACCACGACUUCCGCCAGCCCACACACGAGUGGAUCGCCUCCGGCAAGCCCUCCAACAUGGUGGAUGGGUUCGGGGAGGCUGAAGAGCUGUGCCACCUAAUCCAGGAGCGUUGCGUUGGCAAUUUCUCGCAAUUCGACAGCUUCAAGAGCUGCUACGAGUACAUGGCACAGGUACCAAAGUUCAAGAUCGGUUACUGCCCGCCCCUCGCCGGCAACACGCUCUCGUGCCGCUGGACGCACGCCAUCCUCUCUCAUGAGAAGAUGCGGCCCGACUAUCACUGCUACCACCUCGGCCGGGCCGACUGGUACGAUCCGAAUGGUAAGUACAAGUGCCACGACUCGGAGUGCGGCCAUCGCGGUCUCGGUCAACCUGACAGGUGAGAUGGCUGCGCCCGGCAAAUUCACCAUCACGGAGGAGCAGAAGCCUUGCCCGAUUUGCAACCACUGCGUAAUCAUCAACCGUGGGUUGCAAUCAAACAUCCUUCACUGUGGCAUGGGGCACUGCAGGGUCGCUGGCUGCCUGGCGCAAUUUUGUUGGGACUGCGGCGCGAUCAUCGACUCAGGAGCCCGGAUGACGCGCUCCGCCGCCUCCUCUGCCGCCGCCCAUGCUGCACAGCUGGGGAGGGGCCGCUGUGAGAGAAGGCCAUGGUGGGACGGUCAUGUGAGGCGGCUGCAGCGGCAGAGGAGGUGGUAGAGGCGGCUGCAGAGGCAACGGGAGCGGAGGCUAAGCAGGACGAGGACCUGACGGGCGACGCCGAGGAGACGAUCGAGAUUGCCGACUCGGAGGAUGAGGCGGCCGACCCUAGCAACGCGGUCGAGUUGGGCGGUUCGGGAAGCGACGACGACGACGCGGACCCGCCAGCGCCUCCGGCGGUGCGCGUCAAGACGGAGCAGUAGACCGAUAGCCACGCGCCGGUGUGUUCUCUCUUAGAUCUAGUAAGCUGAGGC